AAAUAAGGGCCUAGGGCUUCUUUCCCUCUAUUCUCUUUUGGCUGUUCUGCUGCCUAUUCUGAUCUUUACUUAUCUUCUAAGGUUUUCGUUUCGUAGAGGAUUUUUCUCGUUUCUCAGUUUAGCGAUCAUGUCGUCGAAUACGGUGACCUUGAAGAGUUCUGAUGGCGAGACCUUUGAUGUCGACAAGGCUGUUGCCAUUGAGUCUCAGACCAUUAAACACAUGAUCGAAGACGAUUGUGCGGAUAACGGGAUCCCUUUGCCUAAUGUUACCAGUAAGAUUUUGGCGAAGGUGAUCGAGUACUGUAAGAAGCACGUUGAGUCUACCAAGAAUGACGAUCGGACUGUUGAUGAGGAACUUAAGAGCUGGGAUGCGGAGUUCGUCAAGGUUGAUCAGGCUACACUCUUCGAUCUCAUCCUGGCGGCCAACUAUUUGAAUAUCAAGAGCCUGCUUGAUCUGACAUGCCAGACUGUUGCGGAUAUGAUCAAAGGAAAAACCCCAGAAGAGAUCAGGAAGACGUUCAACAUCAAGAAUGACUUUACCCCCGACGAAGAGGAGGAGGUCCGGCGGGAGAACCAGUGGGCCUUUGAAUGAUAUUUUUCAGUGGAUGCUUGGAUGUGGAGGGUGGAGGGUGGAGGGUGGAGGGGGGUUGGGUGGUGGUAGAUGUCAACUAAUGGUUGAGUUAGGAAAGACUCAUUUAGUAUUUUAUUUCAAUGCAAAUAGAGUUUUUUAAUUGGAACUUCCUUGUCAUGAAGUGUACAUAUACCGUUGAUUGGUCAUUUAGGAUGAAGACUCUGGCGAGGUAGUUAUCAUACCCUGACGUUUACUAUGCUCAUAUGUGAUCAACUUCUUCUCUUCUAUACUUUAUCAUCUUGCGCUA